AUGAGAUAUUUAAUCAUAGCUAUCUUGAUAAAGGCGUAACUAUUUCACAUGUCAGCUGUGUUUUAAGGAUAACGAUAACUUGAAUUUAGUUUGUUCGACUAUUACACAAAUAAUAGAACAAAUAUUUCAUGUGUUGCUGAAUAUAAUUGUGUCAAUAUAAUUCGUAACUAAAAACUAAUAACGUUGAAGUAAUAAAGUACUACUCAUAAACGAUCAGACACUGUAAAUGAAUAUGGUUGUGCUAAAGUUAACUUUGUGGACAUUAUUUGGAUUGAUAUUUUCGACAACAUCAGCCACGUAUUGCCCAAAACAAUGUGAAUGCCAAGAACGUGUGAUAUUGUGUGGGGAUAUUCCUAUUUCAGACGUUUCCCUGAAAAUAGGCUCGACGGAGGUCCAUCUGACCAAUCUAGAUGCGAAUCGGCUGUUUGUGGAGGUUUUCAUGAAGAAUGCCCUAUGGACACAAAUGCAAUCACUGGAUAUAACAUGCGCCGGUCAACAAAAGCUAUAUAACCGCGUUUUUAUGGGUUUAGGGAAUCUCACAAAACUAGGUUUUCAUAAUGAGAAUUUAUUUCACAUGGGAAACGAUGUUUUCCAAGGAUUAGAUUCUCUAAAGGAGUUGAAUUUCUCUGGGCAAAAACGCCUGUUCCUGAUUGAUAUAUUGCCAAGUUUAAGAAACUCGGACUUAGUCUAUCUUGAAAGGGUAACAUUGUCAUACAUACAAAAAUCUUACGCAGAAACAUUAGAACUUGGAUUUGACUUCUUUAGGAGCUUGAGCGGAAGUGGAAAAAGAAAUAUAAAGUAUAUCGAUUUAUCCCACGUGAACAUUGGUAUACUUGAUUUUGCUUCAUUUGUCCAUGCUGGGUUGUGCCGCUCGUUUGAAGAAUUUAUUUUACGGUAUAAUCAUUUCAAAAACUUUUACAAUAGUAUAGUUCCUACGUGUGAAAAUUUUAAAAUCUUGGACAUCAGCCAUUCAUUACUCCCAAAUUUGUUUGACUUCCUUCUUAAAGACAUAGACUUCUUUUGUCAGGCGAUGAGCUUCUAUUAUAAUAUAGAAGAGAUAUACAUGGAUUCCAUGGUAAUGUCUGUUCCUAUCAGGGAGACAUCGGAACUUCAUUUUCAAGACUGUCCUUUGCGGCUUCGAAAGGUGUCUUUAGCUAACAAUCGGUUAGAGCUCAUUAACAUUUCUGUCUCUGAUAUAAGUAAUAUGAUGAAAAAAAGUUUAAGCUGGAUUGACGUAUCCGGGAACCAGAUUGAAUAUUUAUCACCAAGAUUCUUUUCUCCAUCAGUAAACUUAAAACAUAUCAACCUCUCGAAAAACAACCUGGGAAAAAUGCAGACGUUACAUAACCACGACUUUGAAACCUUUUUAAUGAACAACAAUGAACUUCGUUUUCUUGGCUUAGCUGGAAACAACAUUGACAAGUUGCCAUUGCUUACGCUACAAAAUAAAGGCAAACUAGUAAAGCUGGACUUGUCAGACAACAGAUUGGUGGAUUUGAACUUCAAUGUAGAUGAUCUUAGGAGUAUACAAACACUUAAUCUAAGUAACAACUUGAUGGAAUCAUUAAGCGCAGUUUUAAUGCAUAAAUUUGAUCUAAUGUCUACAGCAAACGGAUCUAUGCGUCAUCUUGAUAUAUCUGGUAACCCAUUUGUGUGCUCAUGUGAUGACGAACAUAGGGAAUCGAUUGAAUGGAUCAGAAAACGAAAUGGAACAUUAAUCGAUGGUUAUUUGUAUGCCUGUCUCCUAAAUGGGAAAGAAAUAACCUUUCUAGAAAACAAGGACUACGCGACUGUGUUACACUAUUGCAAGAUACAAAAAAUGAAGGCCAUCGUCGCUGUAGUUGUUUCAUUACUUGUUGUUUUUGUGGUUGUGUUUGUUGCCGCGUUUCUUCUCGUUAAAAGAAAAAGUCGGAGACAGUUGGAAAGACAAAGAUUAUUUGACAGCAUUAAAUUGGGUCAAUUCCGAAAAAAGAAUCUUGUUUUCUUGUCUUUUUGUUCAGAAGACGCCGACUUGGUUGAAGGCAAAAUACGACCCAGGGUUAUAGAAGGUCUUCGGGAAUUGACACAAUAUAGUGGUGAGUUGGUGUGCUCAGGCGAUCUCAGUUUUAGACCCGGAUUCCAAAUUGGGGAAGAAAUAAUAAGAUGCAUCGAGGACUCUGCCGUUACAAUAAUUGUGGUGUCUAAUUCAUUUUGCACUAAACAGUGGUGCAAAAGGGAGGUUCAGGAGUCAUACGAUCAGAACAACCCUAUGAUUAUUCUACUUGUUGAACAUGUGGAGCCAAACGUGAUGGGUAAAGUUCUCAUGAAGUUGUUUAAACGGUUUGCGCAUGCGUCAUGGAUUGCUGACGAUGAUGGAGGUCACAUUGAACCGAAUUGGUCCAUUCUUUGCCAGUCAAUUAUUGACCUUGCUACACGAAGUGACUACUAAACCUACUUCAAAAUCAUUAGGCUGUUUGUGAAAUGCUGAUAUAUGUUAAAUAUUCUUAUAAAAUGAAAUUGUGUUGUACAUGUUUCUAUUAUUUAGUAUAUCAACUGGAGUAUGUUUUUAUGGUAAUAUGGAUUUAUAUGCCGCUUUCGUUAUACAAUAAUAUUGUCUAUAGUGAAAAAAGAGAUGUCUAAAUGAUAUAAAUAAAAAUAUAAAACUCUGAUCUAUCACAAUUUGCGCAUAUUCUUAAUGAAUCCAAUCAAACAUUAUGAAUCCCAAAACAAAUAUUUGUCUAAGGAAAUAGGUCAAUUUUUUAUACAAGAAACUCACAAUGUAUCGCUAGUUUUUAUCAGAUUUCUGUACAAAAAUAAAAAAAACAAGUUACAAGCCCUUCUACCUAGAUUAUUUUAUGUUUUGCUAUUAUAAAAAUAAUCAAGCAUAGUAUCAUAGUAGAAUUUCUUGUUUUGAAUACCUACACACCUCUUAUUUCUGUGUAUUUUAGGUAAAAAAAGAAAACAAGAAAUAUGGACAUUGUUACAGAUUAUUUUUUCCAUUACAAAACUAAACAGAUGUAAGAGCCCCUUAAACUGAUAUUCUGGCUGGGAUAUAUUUCACUUCUCAAAUACACAUUCACGAUUUUUACUGCCGUUCUUGAUAGGACCAUUCCCGAUUAAAGUUUAUCACAGAUCCUGUGAUUCGUGGCUAAAAAAAUACAUUCAUUUAAAUACGACAAUAAUCAGAUAGUAUUCAGGAACGUUCCUAUUCAGCCAUUAUAUGCCGAUUUAUCCCGAUUAUCCCGUUUCUGAUCAAAUGUGUACAUUCCGUAUUAUACAAAAACGACCGAACUUUUCCCACGCGUCCUCAGGCAAUGAGCAGACAGUGAACUGACGCUGACGGAACAAAUCCAUAAGAAAACAGCUUGACAUGAUAGUCCCGUCCUAUAAAAGAAUCGUGCGACGGUGGAUUCGAACAUAAAUAUUUCUCCAGAUCAUGCCCGUUCUUCAGGGAUCGUCUAGACCCCGCCCAGAAUACUCAAGGGCAUUGGUUCAAUUUCGUGUUUUCAGAAUGUUACUGGACACACCCACAACUGUCGUGAGUGCUUGGCCGACAUCCCUGGAUCAUUGCCGAUUUGUCAAUCUAUUCCGAACGUAAACGACUUCAUUCAAACAUAGGACAUCAUUAUUAUAAAGACAAUGAUAGAACACUCCAGAUCAUUGAGGAUAGUUAUCCGAGUUGUUCACUGUCUUAAUCAAUGCACUGUCUUAUUUGAAACGGGAGCCGUAAUAUCUGUAAACUCCGCUUGAAAAGGGUAGAGUUUCAUUUAGUUUUCUUGAACGGGUUUUGAGCUACGACCAAGGUCAAUUGUUUGUAUCAAUCGCAUCAAUCAAACACUAUUAUGUCAGAUGUAGCAACCGUCCAUUAUCUUUUAAUCGUUUGAACCAAGCUUCAAAUGUAAGAUGCAGCAACCGUCCAUCAGAAGAGAGACUUAGUAAAACCAAUUAUGGUUAAUUCUCAAUUCCUUGAUUUACUCACUGUUUAUGCGUUUCAUCACUCCUCAUUUUGUAUGUAUAUUAUGCAUUUCUGUAGCUCAAAUGCUUAUUUACUUUGUUCAAUAUUUUCUGCAAUAAAUACUGGUUAAACCAACCGUCCAUUAUCUAUCAAUCGUAUCAGCCAAGCAUUAUAUGUACGAUGUAGCAACUGUCCAUUAACUUUGAAUUGCAACAACCAACCAAUGUAUGUAAGAUGCAGCUACCAAUCGCACUCUAUCAAUCGCAACAUCUUAUUACAGUAUGAGUAAAGUGCAGCAAUCGAUCA